AUGUUCCGUGUGUGCCAUUCUUUGCUGGUCGCUCUGUGUUUACUGAAGCAUGCACGGGGAGAUUUUGUACUCUCCAUCAACCCUUCUCAGGUGCUGAUCGGGAUAACAGAAAACGUCACUAUCCAGUGUGAGUUCAAGGGGUCUGUUAGUGCUUCCGAAUAUGAUACCAUUGACCGGUUAAGGAUAUUGAAAGAAACAGCUACGCAUGAUUACCAAAUAGUGACUGAGGUCAGGAAGGUUGAUCACGGUGUGGACAUCAGUAGUUCUCUAAGUUCGUCGGUUAAAGUUCAUGGAAACAUUAGUAACGUGGCUUCUACUUUUAUAACACUUUCUUGGUCGUUAGCGACCUCUGAUGUUCUUGGCACUUACCGUUGCGAUAUCUUUGGCUAUAAAGCAAAUUUUGACGUACUAUUUGAAAAAACGCCAGUUAAAGUUCUUCAAGAAAUCAAGCCAUCAGUCCAAGAAACUAUUAACCUUUGGAAAAAGCAAAGAGGGGACAUUCAGCAGAAAAUAAGCGCUCGGAGAGACUACUGCGAUAGUUUGGUAGCCGCAGUACACGCUGAUAUCAACGCAACCGUGGCGGAUAUUGAACAACUGGAACGCAAUCAAAGCAACGUGUUCAAAGACGCUCUUCUUCAAAAGGUAACCAUGCUUUCCCAAAAGGUAGCCCGCUUAAAAGACACAGGGGUGUUUCAGUACUGGCCUGAAGGAUCCUAUGCACUGCUAACACCCAACUCUGGGUGCCCAGAAAAUGUUGGGGCUUUGUGGGCAACCGGAUACAGGAAGUUACACACGGAGUCCACAGACCGCAACUUUGACAGCAUCUCAACGCCGUCCUACCUGCAAUCGCCGUCAAUGGAAACAGUCGACAGGAAUAACUUCAUGUACCAACAUUUUUGCGUCUCCAGCGGACGUUCUCGGGGACCUGCCUGGCCGCGUGGGUCUUAUUGCAUUAACCAAGCCGCCAACGGGUGCCCUAGUGGAUUGAGCUCCGGUUACAUAAGCUGGCAGGAUGAAGUGACUAAUUCCACAUCAAGUAGCGCUGGAGCCCUGCCACGUGGGGAUUACAGAGCCAACUCCACUCGCAUCUACUACUGUUGCAGGGCUGAUGGACCUGCAAGUCACCCUAUAUAUCUGCCUACAUUUAAACCCUUCUAUCUCUACAGAUACAACGGUACAUGUCAGGAAGUUUGCGGGAUGAAAACCUCAUCCGGAAAUAUGGUCUUUGACACGGACAAUUCCCACGGAGAUUCCUAUGAGAAUCCGUUUCAUCCUGACGGGACUAUUGACAACGUCCGCAUUGAACUAUGUUACUACAGUCCUUAG